ACUGUCAAUGGCAGGAUAUCAGCUCUGGUCUCCAUGGACCCCACUGGACGAGAGCUUCCAAUGGCUGCGACAUACAACACCGACACCUUCUUCCAAACACCCUUUCAGAAUUUCCCCCUGCUUCCCACACACUCCUUCUGACCUGGAAGUCCAGUUGUGCUUUCAAGAGGUCACUCUGCUCCUAGACAGCCCAUUUCUGGGUACUGGAGCGAAUCCAAAGUUACCCUGCCACACAUCAGAGCUCCGAACCAUGAACAGUAAGAAAGGGCAGGUCAGAAAGCCCCAGCCUGUCCGCCUCAGUGGUGUAGACUCCGUCUUUGGCAGGGUCAUCACAGCUCAGCCGCCAAAGUGGACUGGGACCUUCAGAGUUUCAGACAAGUCAGCCUUUUGCAAAAUCAUCAGUCGGGAGCACCAAUGGCCCACUGGUCUUAAGGAGCCUCAGAUUCAGAUGACCGUGGCUAUGUGCAAACAGAUGCUACGCUCUAUUCUCUUAUUGUAUGCAGCAUACAAGAAGUGCACUUUCGCCUUGCAACAUUCCAAGUAACGAGUCUCUUGAUUUCCAGUUCUCACACACAUGGCCUUUGGUAUGUGCCUGAAGCUU